AUGGGAAAUAGGUCAUCACUCCUGUUGCGCGAAGAAGAAAUAGCUCAAAUCCAAACCGAAACAGGAUUCACACCAAAUCAAAUUGAGAGAUUGUAUUCAAGGUUUACUUCUCUCGAUAGGGGAGACUGUGGGACCUUGAGCAGAGAUGAUUUUUUGCGUAUUCCCGAACUAGCCAUUAAUCCACUUGGCGAAAGAAUUGUUAAUUCAUUUUUUCAAAGUGACGAUUUUAAUGAUAGGGUCAAUUUCAGGCAAUUUAUGCAAGUUCUUGCACACUUUAUACCUAUCAAAAAGAACAAAGAGAAUCGGCUGAAUACCAGGGAAGAAAAAUUAAGAUUUGCUUUUAAAAUGUACGAUCUAGACAAUGAUGACAUGAUUUCGAAGGAUGAAUUACUGGCAAUAUUACAUAUGAUGGUCGGAACUAACAUCAGCGAAGAGCAAUUAAACAGCAUAGCUGAAAGAACAAUUGUAGAAGCUGAUGAAGAUGGUGACCAAAUGAUUUCUUUUGAAGAGUUUUGUAAGGCUUUACAAAGAACUGAUGUCGAACAGAAAAUGAGCAUUAGAUUCUUAAAUUAA